AUGCUCGUCACCAAAAUUAUCGCCAUUGCAGCUAUAGCAGUUGCCAAUGUCUCUGCAAUCGCGAACAUCGACCAGACCGUUUCCGACAUCCACGAAAUUACCCAUAAGCUAAGGGUCACUAAGCGUUCUAUCGAUAGCUUCAACGGCGGUGUCCCCAGCGCGUUAAGAAUCGCCAAUGCUGUCUUUCAAACCCAUUCAGCCGCGGAGGCUGCACGAGAUCACCUAGGGGCCUCGGACCCAUUCUCGGGCCCUGAUAGCGAGCAAACAAUGGACGCAUACAAUGAUAUGCGACCGGUACUAAUGGCUGCUCUACAAGCUGGACAGGAUAAGGCUCCUCAGCUGAAGAAAUCUGGAUUUGGUUAUAUUGCCCGCGGCAUGAUGCAUAGCUUGUAUUUGGAGAAGGGCCAAUUUGAGCAAGCGGUGCGCGGGCAAUUGUCUAGGAACCAUACCCAGAUGCUGGAGCCAUCAAUUAACGAUGUAGAUGCGGAGUUCAAGAGAACUCUUGAGGCUUUUGAGAACUGA